AUCUUGUUGGAUAUUUUGUCCUUUCUAUUUCAAUUUUUUAUUUUUUUAUUUUUCUUUUCUUUGAAUGCAGUUCAUUUCAAUUUAGGCUAGUGGCGACCUCUCAAUUGUUUGUGAGAGAUCCUUAUAUUUUAAAGAGGGUGAUAAUCAAGCAAGAAUGGCGUGGAGGCAGAUCAUACAGCACGUGAGGGAGACAAUUAACCGACCCUGUUCAACUCCUGGGUCCUCUAGAUUCUUCUCCAAAUCUACUGCAUAUGUUGUCAAGGUUGGGAUUCCGGAGUUUCUGAGUGGAAUAGGGAAAGGGGUUGAAACCCAUGUGACUAAGCUUGAAUCUGAGAUAGGUGACUUUCAGAAAUUGCUCGUUACUCGCACACUUAGGCUCAAGAAACUUGGCAUCCCUUGCAAACACUGGCCAAGUCACUACGGAAACUGGGGAUUGAACUGCUGUGAUUCUGGAUUAAGGAAAUUAAUACUGAAACACACCCACAAAUAUAGGUUAGGACUUUGGAGGCCGAGAGCUGAUUCCGUUAAAGCCUGAGUAGUUUCCGACUUGGUGUGAUCUUCUGAGAAAUAUCACUCCCAACUUUUGUGUAAUGCAAAUGAUGCUUCCUAGUAGUUGUACCUGAAACAGGUGAGACUUAUAGAGUUUUGGUCUUCAAUCUUAGAGUCUCUUAUCAUGCUACGAAAAUCAAUGGCUAAGAUUUGAUCCUGAUUUCUGAUUUUUUCAUAUCAUUAGAUGGUUACUAUGUGAUUAAUUUAGUGGAGCCUGAAAACUUUGGUUGAAAAUUUCA